AUGGUACCUUCUUCAGGUCCCAAGGGACAAGCAAAAGUGGUAUCAGGGCUUUUGGCAUCAACAUCUGUGGUCCCAAGUCUACAGGCUGUGGAGGAGACUUUCCCUAAGUUACUCAGGGGAUAUGCAAGUAACUUUCGGACUUCUGACACAGCACAUUUCCUGGAGCAGUUGAAGGGCGAGUGUCAUUUUUCCAAUGGGCAUGUGAGGAGUGUGACCAGAUAUGUCUACAACCGUGAAGAGUUUGUUCACUUCGAUAGUGAUGUGGGAGAGUUUCGUGCUGUGACCGAGCUGGGGAAGCCCAUAGCCAAGGAGUUGAAUAGUGAGAAGGACGUCCUGGAUAAUUAUCGGGCUUCGGUGGACAGGUGCAGAAAUGACUAUGCGUUGGUUGAUAUACUCCUAUUAAAUCAGAGAGUUGAGCCUAAGGUGACUGUGUACCCCACAAAGACCCAACCUCUACAGCACCAUAACCUGAUGGUCUGCUCUGUGAGUGGAUUCUACCCAGGUCAGAUUGAAGUCAGAUGGUUCCAGAAUGGUCAGGAGGAGGAGGUUGGGGUUGUGUCCACAGGCCUGAUCAAGAAUGGAGACUGGACUUUCCAGAUCCUGGUGAUGUUGGAAACAGUUCCUGAGAGUGGAGAGGUUUAUACUUGCCAGGUGGAGCACCCAAGCCUGAAGAACCCUGUCACAGUGGAGUGGAAUGGCCACCCCGCCCAGUGCCUAGGACCUUACAAGUGCAAGAUACGGUUGCCCCAUACCUGGAAAUGCUUGGUGUGCAGAGGUCCAGUCUGGAUCUGCACAGAACAAGAUGUUGAGUGGAGUCGUGGGCUUUGUGCUAGGUCUGCUCUUCCUUGGGGUCGGGCUGUUCAUCUACUUCAGGAACCACAAAGGAUAUUCUGGACUUCGGCCAACAGGACUCCUGAGCUGAAGUGAAGGUGACAGCACAGAAGGAAGGACCUCUGUUUCUGCCUCUUCAUAUCACAAAAACACCUCCUGUUUGACCCUCAUUUUUCUACAGAGUGGGUUCCCAGGACCUGGAUCCCUCCUGGGUCAGUGCCUUAUUUAUCAUGUCCUCCCUUUGCCCCUGUCCCUGACUCAGAAGCCCCAGUACAGACUGCAGAACCUCCUCUUCCUUCUCUCCUGGCCCCUUUGCAUUCAACCCUUGCUGUGUUCUUUGUCUGAACUUCUUUGUGCCACAGGACUUUCUUACAUUUUUCCCAAAUAAACAUGGAGUGAAAAAUCAUGUAGUUCUAAAGAUAAGAAAUAGAGAAGAGAAAAGAGAAAGGAAGGAUUUGCACCAUAUUAUAUGCAUGGUUUUUAUUUAUGUAUGGGACAUGAGGUAAGGCGUAUAUUUAAUAGGUCAAUGUACACCAUAAAUAUAUACAAUAUUUAAUUAUCAAUAAAAGCUUUAAAAUAUCAGAUCAAAAUGUAAAGGACAAUCUCUAAAAACUCAGAACAGACAUAACAA